AUAUAUCUGGGAAAAGAAUUUGAAGAAGGUUGUAGAACAUAACAUGGAAGCAGAUAAUGGAAUCCAUACCUUCAGACUUGGAAUGAAUCAAUUCGCCGAUAUGGACGAAGACGAAUGGCGGAGCCUUGUUCUCAGUCACGUGACUAGACCAGCCAAUCAGAUGAGUUACUGCAACAUGACGUAUGAAAUGAGCGAUCCAAGAGCUGAUGAUACCGUUGAUUGGAGAACCAAAGGCUACGUCACACCCGUCAAGAACCAAUUGAAAUGCGGCUCUUGCUGGGCGUUCAGUACUACUGGGUCAGUCGAAGGCCAGCACUUCAAGAAGACUGGAAAGCUUGUCUCUCUCAGCGAACAGAACUUGAUGGACUGCAGCACCCCAGAAGGUGACCACAGCUGCCAUGGUGGACUUAUGGACUUCGGCUUCAAAUACAUCGUCAUGAACGGUGGCAUUGAUACCGAAGAGUCCUACCCUUAUAUGGCCAAGGACGAAGCGAUGUGCAAAUUCAACAAAAUGAACAUCGGUGCCACCAUUACUGGAUGUGUCGACAUUGCUCACGGUGACGAGAUGUCUUUGAAGAGCGCAGUAAUGCGAGUCGGACCAAUUUCUGUCGCCAUUGAUGCUGGACACUCUUCGUUCCAGUUAUAUAAAUCUGGCGUUUACACCAGCAUGGAAUGCAGCUCAACCAAGCUUGAUCACGGUGUAUUGGCAGUUGGUUACGGUACUGAGAUGGGAAAAGACUACUGGCUGGUUAAGAACAGCUGGGGUGAAAUGUGGGGAAUGGAUGGCUACAUCAUGAUGGCGCGUAACUCCAACAACAUGUGCGGAAUUGCUACCCAAGCCAGCUAUCCGACUGUCUAGAAUGGACAAAAGAUGGCGGCGGGUUGACUCAAAUUGGACAUUUAAGGGCUUUUCUUAAUUCUUC